UGCCCCCCCGCCCCCACUCUCUCUCUUGACCCAGACAUCAACCUGAACUCCCCCAACAAGGGCCUGGGACCCGCAGGAGGAGUAGACUCCCUAACGGAUGUCUCCGGGAAGGGGGGAGCCAUGGCAGUAGCAGCCGUCAACACGCUGCCCCCAGGGCUCACGGAGGAGGAGGCCGAGGAGCUCCGCUCUGAGCUAGUCAAGGUAGGCCCCGUUGUCCUGUCUGUUGGGGGUUAAGGUUAGAGGUAGCCAUGGCAGUAGCAGCCGUCAACACGCUUCCCCCAGGGCUCGCAGAGGAGGAGGCCGAAGAACUCCGCUCUCCACUAGUCAAGCUAGGGUCCUGUGUCUUUAUCGGUCUGGUGUUCCAACGUCCUGUCGCUUGGUCUGAGCUCACCAAUGUAGAUCCUGUUGUCCCCGUUUCCUAAUCUAAGCGCAGAGCCCUGUUAGACUGAGUUUUGGUUCACUAAUAAUCCAUUCGACAAACAUUGAGGAACUCCGUUUCAGACAAUGGGGACACUGAACAAAAAUAUAAACACAACAUGUAAAGUGUUGGUCCGAUGUUUCAUGAGCUGAAAUAAAAUAUCCCAGAAAUGUUCCAUACGCACAAAGCUUAUUUCUCUAAACUGUUGUGCACACAUUUGUUUACAUCCCUGUUAGUGAGCAUUUCUCCUUUGCCAAGAUAAUCCAUCCACCUGACAGGUGUGGCAUAUCAAGAAGCUGAUUUAAACAGCAUGAUCAUUACACAGGUACACCAAAGAUUUUUAUAACAAAGAUGGACCACAGCCUGUCCUUUCCAAUGGGAACACAUUAGUCAUAGUGAGCAGAACAUGCAAGGAGUAUGGUGUCGUUGGUGAGCGGUUUGCUGAUGUCAACGUUGUGAACAGAGUGCCCCAUGGUGGCGGUGGGGUUAUGGUAUGGGCAGGCAUAAGCUACGGACAAUGAACACAAUUGCAUUUUAACAAUGGCAAUUUGAAUGCACAGAUACCGUGACAAGAUCCUGAGGCCCAUUGUCGUGCCAUUCAUCCGCCGCCAUCACCUCAUGUUUCGUCAUGAUAACACGGCCCCAUUUCGCAAGGAUCUGUACACAAUUCCUGGAAGCUGAAAAUGUCCCAGUUCUUACAUGGCCUGCACACUCACCAGACAUGUCACCCAUUGAGCGUGUUUGGGAUGCUCUGGAUCGUCGUGUACGACAGCGUGUUCCAGUUCACGCCAACAUCCAGCAACUUCGCACAGCCAUUGAAGAGGAGUGGGACAACAUUCCACAGGCCACAAUCAACAGCCUGAUCAACUCUAUUCGAAUAUGUGUCACGCUGCGUGAGGCAAAUGGUGGUCACACCAUAUACUGACUGGUUUUCUGAUCCACGCCCCUCCCUUCUUUUUAAAGGGAUUUGUGACCAACCGAUGCAUAUCUGUAUGCCCAGUCUUGUGAAAUCCAUAGAUUAGGGCCUAAUGAAUUUAUUUCAAUUGACUGAUUUCCUUAUGUCAACUGUAACUCAGUCAAAUCUUAGAAAUUGUUGUAUGUUGCGUUUUUAUAUUUUUGUUCAGUGUAGUUUGCAUGCUUUCUGAGACUAUAUUCACCCAAGAGGAAUGUCUCUUCAGUUAGCCACACAUGACAGACACUGGGGAAAGGGGCCUGGAAUUGACCUCUGACCUCUCCUGUGUGUUGCUGUCAGGUGGAGGAGGAGGUCAACACCUUGAGACAGGUGCUCCUGGCCAAAGAGAAGCAUUCUGCUGAUCUGAAGAGGAAGCUGGGGCUGAGUCCUCUCAACGAGCUCAAACAGAACCUCUCCAAGGGAUGGCAGGACGUUCAGACCUCCAACGCGUAA